CCCGGAAGUGCGUCAUUGCGGGAGCGGCGAGGCGAUGGCGGCCGAGGGAGACGUGGAGUUGGAGCUGGAGGCCGAGCCCAACGGCUCCGCGGUCGGCGGGGAUGGCGCCGGCGGCCGCCCGGCCGAAAAGCCGCGGAAGCACGACAGCGGCGCGGCUGACCUGGAGCGCGUGACCGACUACGCUGAGGAGAAGGAGAUCCAGAGCUCCAACCUGGAGACGGCCAUGUCAGUGAUAGGGGACCGAAGGUCUAGAGAGCAGAAAGCAAAGCAGGAACGAGAAAAAGAGCUGGCAAAAGUCACCAUCAAGAAAGAGGAUCUGGAAUUGAUUAUGAAUGAGAUGGAAAUAUCUAGGGCAGCAGCAGAACGCAGCUUACGGGAACACAUGGGCAAUGUGGUGGAUGCACUAAUCACUCUUACCAAUUGAGAACUCUGUGCUGGAUGUACUUCUGUGGAGAAAAGGAAAAAUAUGCCUCUGGAGGGCCUUUUUUAUGCAGAUUAUGCACUGUAUGGCACAUUUUGAAGUUAUUAAAUAAAGUUGUGAUUUUCCAACUUA